CCAGCUCGACUCUCGUCUGUCACUGUUGCUUCACUCUUCCCUUUCACUUGUGCAAUUGGCCCCGCAACAAAACAAAUUCCUGCUUGGCCUGCACCGCGACAGCUUCUCCCCUCUCUCCUCCCACCAUUUCCCACCCCGACCUCACUGUCGCCGCCACAGCCCAAGAUGUUCUCGCAAAUCGCGCUCGCGACGGCUCGUCAGCUGCGCGCUGGUACCACGCUGGUCGUUCGUACUGCCGCGGCUGCGUCCACCAGCUUGACCACCCGCUCCGCUGCUCCCAGCUUCCUUCGCCGCAGCGGCCUUGUCUUCCAGCAGCGCGGUUACGCCUUAACCCGCUCUAAGAAAACCGCCGCCGAAUCGCACGACACUGCUGCUACGGCCACCAAGACGAACAAGACUCGUUCCACCGCCGCAAAGUCCAAGAAGUCGGCCGCCAAGGGCGCUACAAGCGCCGCCGCAAAGACAAAGACGCCCAGAGCCAAGAAGGAGGCUGCGCCCAAGAAGCCCAAGAAAUCUAAGGCGGCCAAAACGAAGGCACCGCUGACGGAGGAGCAGAAGCUGAAGCUCAAGAUCAGACUGUACAAGCAGCGGGCGUUGUUCAAAGAAGAUCCCAAAACCCACCGAGCUACCGGUUGGGCCGUGUUCGUGAGAGAGCACAUCAAGGACGUCAUUAAAGAAGGCGAUGCUCUCGAGGAGCGGAGAACGUACUUCGCAAAGUUGGCUCCCCAGUGGAAGGAGCUGUCGGCCGCUGAAAAAGACCGCUAUCACGCUAAGGCCGACAAGGCUCACCAGGACGGCUUGGCCGCGCGGGCAGCGUGGGUGCUCACCAAGACACCCAUGGAGAUCGAAACCGCCAAUUAUGCCCGUCAUGCGCUGAAGCGCCUCGGUGUCACUCCGAUCGUCCAUCUUAUCCCUGAUGACCGGGGCCCAAAGCGCCAAAGGACUGCCUUUGUGUUCUUUUGCAUGUCACGGCAAAAGGACGGCGCCUUUGUCGGCAAGUCCGCAGCGGAAGUGUCGAAGGCUUUGGCCAAGGAGUGGAAGUCUAUGGACGAUGCGGCGAAACAGCCUUACAUCGACAACGCUGAGGUCGAUAGGGAGAGAUACCACAGUGAGAGGGCUGCUACUACUGCUGCUUAUGCUGCUGCUUAAGCAUGGUUGUCAUGCCCUCCGACGCCGCGUUUCCGGUUCGGUUCAUGUGAAUUUAUAUGGGCUUCAAGAGGCCUCCAUGAGCUCCAUCACAAACCUAGCAGGGGUCCGUUGCCGGAGCUCCGUCGCACUUUGUUGUUCGAACGUCCACAGAAAUGUACUAGUACAGUUUGUUUGGGAAGGGAGGCAAUAUCAGAAUCCUUUAUGGAUAAAUAAAGCAAUGGAGCGUGGGUAUCCAAA